AUGGCCAAUGAAAACUACACCAGAGUCACUGAAUUCAUUUUCCUCGGUUUGGAAUAUUAUCCCCAGUUUCAAGUCAUCCUGUUUGUACUCUUUCUGUUUUUCUAUCUCUUUACCAUAACAGGCAACCUGGGAAUGAUCAUCUUAAUUCGUAUUGAUGCCCGCCUUCACAGUCCCAUGUAUUUUUUCCUCAGCCACUUAUCAUUUGUGGACAUCAGUUUUUCUUCUGUGGUGGGCCCUAAGAUGUUGAGAGACUUCUUUGAAGAGAGAAAGACCAUCUCAUUCCUGGGCUGCGCCUUGCAGCAGUGGUUCUUUGGUUUUUUUGUGGCCACUGAGUGCUUUCUCUUGGCGUCCAUGGCCUAUGACCGCUAUGUGGCAAUCUGUAACCCUCUGCUUUACUCUGUGGCCAUGUCCCAGAGACUCUGCAUCCAGCUGGUGGUUGGUCCCUACACUGUUGGAUUCAUGAACACUAUGACACACACUACAGCUACUUUCCGUCUUCCCUUCUGUGGCCCUAAUGUCAUCAAUCACUUCUUCUGUGACAUAUCUCCUCUGCUGUCCCUUGUAUGUGCUGAUACCAGCCUUAAUAAAUUGUUAGUUUUCAUUGUUGCUGGAGCUGUUGGAGUAUUCAGUGGUCUGACCAUCCUUGUUUCCUAUAUCUACAUCCUCACAGCCAUCCUCAGGAUCCGGUCUGCAGAAGGGAGACGGAAAGCCUUCUCUACCUGUUCUUCCCACCUUACUGCUGUCGCCAUCUUGUAUGGGACCCUCUUUUUCAUCUAUGUGAGACCUGGUGCAAUUUUCUCUCUGGAUCUUAACAAAGUUGUCUCUGUGUUUUAUACUGCAGUAAUCCCCAUGUUGAAUCCUCUCAUUUAUAGCCUGAGGAACAAGGAGGUCAAAGAUGCCUUCCACAGAACACUUGCUAAAAGAAAGUUUUGUAUCAGCAAUUAA